AACAGCAUUUUAAAAACAGAAAAUAAUCAGUUGAAAGUUGUAAGGGCUUUAUUUUGCAUGCAAUUAGCCAUAAGAGAAGAGAUCAAUGAAGCCGUGAUUUUACACACUCCAGUAUGGUAGGUGGCGGUAUAUGCACUUUAACAAUGUUCUGUAACCCGCCAUAAAUAAGAGGAAGAUGGAACGGCUGGUUGUUUACAGUUUGACAGAAGUUACUCAGGUGCGAACCGUAAUGGGUUGUAAUAAAAAGGUGGACUGAAAACGAAGCUAUAAUGCAACGCGACCUUUGCCCAAAUCCUGUUGUGCACUAGACAGUUGGAUCCCCGUUCACCAGAUCACACUGUACUUACCCACAAGCAUAACUACUUAACCAUGAUUUACCGGACUUUGUUUGUUUUUGCACUGCUGUGUGGGUUAAAGGUUGGUCAUGCUGGUAAGGUUUUGGUCAUGCCAGGCGAGUACAGCCACUGGCACAACAUGCGUGUGAUCAUUGACGCGCUGGUCGAUCGGAACCACAGUGUGACGGUUCUGGUCAGUUCUGCAUCACCUACUGUACCACACACACAGAAGGAGCGCUUCGAUUUCACUGUGUAUAAAGUCAAUAUGAAGAAAGAAGAGGCCGAUUCCGUCUUGAGAGAUAUGAUUCAUCUCGGGACGAAUGACACAGCCAACAAAUACAAGGGGGACUUUAUGGUCUGGCGAGUGUUUUCCAACUAUAUGGCGUUCCUUGCUGAUAUGUCCAAGGGCUUGUUUCAUGAGGAUCUUUUACACACUCUUCAAGAAUCCCAUUAUGAUGUACUUUUAUCUGAUCCAAUGAUGCCUUUCCCUGACCUGAUGGCACAGAAGCUGAAUAUCCCGCACGUCGUCUCGAUGCGCGCAACGUUCGCGUAUGUAGUGGAGCGGCUUUGCGGUCAGAUGCCUGCGCCGCCGUCCUACGUUCCUGCAGUCGCUUUGCGAGAUUACCUCACUGACCAUAUGAGCUUCACAGAGAGAGUUGAAAACAUGCUCCUCUAUAUCGUACAUACGGCUAUAUUUCAAUUAAUCAUGACGUUUACUGCAGAUCGACUCUACAGUGAAAUAUUGGGUAUUUUUUUAAUAUGUCCAUUGAGUAAACAGUAUCCACGCCCACUCCUGCCCAAUUUGAAAUUUGUUGGAGGAAUGCACUGCAAACCCGCCAAACCUCUGCCAAAUGAGCUGGAGGAGUUUGUUCAGAGCUCAGGAGAUCAUGGCAUUGUUGUGUUCUCAUUGGGUUCCAUGAUGAGCAACCUGACAUUGGAAAGAGCAAACACUAUUGCUUCUGCUCUUGGUCAGAUCCCACAAAAGGUUGUUUGGCGUUAUAAUGGGAUAACGCCAGAAACUCUCGCCCCCAAUACAAAACUCUAUGACUGGAUCCCACAGAAUGAUUUGCUUGGUCAUCCAAAAACAAAGGCUUUCAUUACCCAUGGUGGGACAAAUGGGCUGUAUGAGGCUAUUUAUCAUGGUGUCCCAGUGGUGGGCUUUCCACAGUGGGGUGAUCAGCCUGAUAACCUAAUGCACAUGAAAACCAAAGGAGCUGCUGUUGUCCUUGAUAUCAGCACAGUGCAGUCCAAUGAUAUGGUGGAUGCUCUCAAGACUGUCAUAAAUAAUCCAUCGUACAAGGAGAGCAUCAUGAGACUGUCCAGAAUCCAUCAUGAUCAGCCAAUGAAGCCUCUGGACCAGGCAGUUUACUGGAUCGAAUUUGUGAUGCGGCAUAAAGGAGCUAAACAUCUACGAGUUCAGGCACAUGAGCUGAGCUGGUAUCAGUACCACUGCCUGGAUGUAGCGGCCUUCUUACUCGCAAUUGUUGCACUGGUCACAUUACUCUUUAUUAAAACAUGCUGUUUCCUUUUUCCUAAGUGUUUCAGAAAGACUCGCCCUGAUGGCAACGCACAAAAGAGUAAAAAAGAGUAAAUGCAAAUUAGGUUACCAUAGACGCACUGAAUUGACUGUGGUACAUGUGUCGUCAUCACAUGUGUUUGAUGGCCAGUGUGCAUUUUGUGUACAUUCCAAACUGUAUGUUCUUAAUAAAAUACAUGUGAAUGUUUAUGUGCAUAUCACAUGUUCUCACAAAAUAUUAUGCAUUUCGUAUCAAUAUUGUUUUCAACAACCAUUUGUAAAGUGAAGAAG